CUGAUCCGCCGAGGCCCCCGUCUUCACCGCAAAUCUUUCACCAACGGACAAAGAGCUGGAGCCGAGACGGUCAAGCAUGGAUGUGCCCCGGAUGGCUGAGGGCCUGUUCAGCAGCACGCUGUCCUCGUCAGGCGGCGGCCACCACGUGCCCUCCUACCUGACGCUGGAGCAGAAGGCCGCCUUCGUCUUCGUGCUGCUGCUCUUCAUCUUCCUGGCGCUGCUCAUCGUGCGCUGCUUCCGCAUCCUGCUGGAUCCCUACCGCAGCAUGCCCUCGUCCAACUGGACAGACCACACCGAGAAGGACACGUUCGAUUACCGCAUCGUCUGAGGAGCCCACACGCGUUCAGAAGAUUGAGUUAAAAAAGGACUGAUUCCACGCUAGAAGAGCACUUUGUCCCCGACAGAACAAAUGACAGCGGAUUCACCAGGCGUUCACUAAACCCUCCGAAAGGUUUCGGACUGAGACCAGAGCUCAACAGCUUCUCCCUGCCAAAUCUAAUCAACUCUAACAAGACAACCAGAACUGUGCUGUGAAGACUAUUGAUCCAUCUUCUCCACGAGCCUCUUCAGGUUCCCCC